UUGGGGAACGGACAGAGAUCUUAGCCAGAAUGACUACUUCCUUCACUGUGGCACACAUUUCUGCCCAAGCCCUGUAAGUGUGGGCAACUAGGGUGUGUGGGGUAACCCAGAUUGGGAAGAAACUAGCCAGAGACUACUGGGCCCACUCAGAGCUUCAUCCAGGCUUGUUACCUGGUGCAUGUCAGGACUAAUGCUUCUUAUUAUGGAUACUACACUGUGGAAGAUUCUGGGUCCAGGGCCUCUUUUGGCCACACUUCUGCUGGCAUUUGCAGUUGGGAAGCCUUUCAUCUCACUGAAAGGCCCAGAUCACAGGGUAACUUCUUCUAAUUUAGUGCAGUUUCUCUGUACUGCUGGCCCUUUCAGCUCCAGAAACCUCAGUGUCAGCUGGUUGAAGAACAGCAAUGAACAUCCAGCCUCAGCCCCACAACUGGUGCCAGUCAACAAUCACUCUUACUCUGUCACAAGCAAGGCAUGGGUGGCCUUGACCAAGCAAGAUAUCUUGUCUCAGAUCACCUGUAAAGUCACCCAUGGAGACAUUGAUGAGCCCCUAAGAAUGACCAUUAAUCUUUCUCAAGUGGUCAGAGUUACCCCCACACUGAAGAUCACCACUGAGCCCCCGGAGAUCCAAGAUCAUGCACAUCAGAGAGUGAACCUGACUUGCCAUGUAAGCAACUUCUAUCCCCAAAACAUGCGCCUCAUCUGGGCUAAGAAUGGACACAAGAUCCUGACUGUGGAGCAUACUCAGGCCACCAGAAACUCCGAUGGGACUUACUCUGUACAGCACACAUUACAGGAAGAUGCCAUAUUGAAUGAGACUAACUUUAUCUGCUGGGUGAUCCAGGAUGACCAGCCUCCAGUUAGGGACAGCAUCACCCUGGGAACCCCCAGGAAGGUCAGAGGAAGGAAAGAUUACUCUCAUAACCUCGAAGGGCCCCUGCAGCGGUUUGCACCUGGAGCAAGCAUCCAAUUGAAGUACACCUCCUCUGAAUUGCCAACCCGGCAGGUUACUGUGAUUUGGCUUAAAAACAAUCACAGCCUUCUCCAGACCCAGACCAAUGUCUUCUCAGGUGGAGAGACCUACAACGUGACCAGCACUGUCCUCGUCCCACUGGAGAGUGAUGACAUAUUAUCUUUAGUUCUCUGCCUGGUUGAACAUAAGUCCUUAGUGGUUUUCCAGAAAGUCAUCUACUUAGACCAGUAUCUUUAUGUUCCUCCGGCAGUGAGAGUGUCCCAGUCUUCAACUGUCUCCAGUUUGGUGACUGUUACUUGCCAUGUAGAGAGAUUCUAUCCAAAGGAUAUAUGUCUCACUUGGCUGGAAGACUGCCAUGUGAUCAGGAGAAUGGACAAACCUACACCUAAGAGGAAUGAGGAUGGGUCCUACACUCUGGAGAUCCUGCAAUUGGUAAAUGCAUCAAUGCAGAGGUCUGAUCAAGUACUCACUUGCAAGGUAGAGCAUGAGGCCCAGCCUCCCAUCCAUGCCAGCAUUAUAUUGUCUACAGCAUCCUUCCCCACACACAAAGCCAUCAGGAGCCUAAGUUCAGAGAAAUCUAUCCACAUUUUCGUGGCUUUCCUUCUAUGCCACAAGGUCCUUCUGGUGGUGAGUUUACUAGUCCUCUACACACACAGGUGGUGGAGCCUGUAACAGGAAUUCAGAAAAAGAAGAGAACUGGCUAUUUAGUGCCUAUUCAACAAAUACUAGUGGAAUUAAUACACGAAUGAAGAAACGAAUGAGUAAACGAUGCUUCCUACUUCUGUAUGGCCUGUAAUACAUUGCCUCCUACCUUCUCUAAGGCGCUCAAGUGGCGAGAAGAUGCAAAGACCUGCUGUUGAUCGGAGACUCCUGCUCUGCACUCUACAUGUGCUCCCCCUGCACACUGUCAGAUAUGGACUUAGAUAGUUUAGGGUUGUUUCGGACUCAAGAUACUAAAUCUCAAAUGAGCUCUUCUUCCAUCCAAAAGGCAAUUUGAUGAAGAAGAAAAUGGAUGUUCACUCUGUCUCAUGGUCAAUCUUUAAUUUUCCAGUUCUCACAACCAACUAGAAUUUCUGCAAGCAUGAUUUAAUUUUAGCAGACACGAAACUUAAAAUUAUUGGACUGCUGAAAAAGAAUUUUCCUAUCUUGAAAUGGGAUUAAAAAGAGUAUAAAACGCCUCUGGAUUUACUAUAACGUUUUGUAAAAUAUAACAUUUUGUCCAUGUUUUCUUCAAGUUUCUUUAUUAUAUUGCCCUGAAUUUGCUGGAUUUUUUUAAUCAUGGUUUUAUACUGGUAUGACAUAUAUAUAUAACCUUUAAACAGCAUAUAGUAAUUUGCAUUUUUAUUCUUUAUAAAAUCUAUGAUAUCACAUGUAUGUAACAUUUUGAAACUUUUUUUAUACUUAACACACCUUGUAAAUUUAUUAAUUUGAAGCAUAACUAUUUUACCCAUUUACUGCUGUGUGGUCUUCUAUUGUAACAAUAUGUCAUAUUUCGUUAAUCUGUCUCACAAUGAACACUGAUUAUUCAAUGCUUUUGCUAUUACAAUAUUGUGACAGGGGUUGGAGAUUUAGCUCAGUGGUAGAGCGCUUGCCUAGGAAGCACAAGGCCCUGGGUUCGGUCGCCAGCUCCGAAAAAAAGAAUCAAAAAAAAAAAAAAGAAAUGUUAUUGUGACAGUCUUUUCAUAAUCUCUUUGAGUAUAUGAAAGAAUCUUACUUCUCAAACAGGACACAAAGCUACAGUGUUGUUAACAUUUAUAUGUUUUGUUACAUCAAAAAUAAAUUUUCAGGGGCUGGGGAUUUAGCUCAGUGGUAGAGCACUUACCUAGGAAGCGCAAGGCCCUGGGUUCGGUCCCCAGCUCCGAAAAAAAGAACCAAAAAAUAAAUAAAUAAAUAAAUUUUCAGUUUUUAAACAUUAUGUUCUCAUUUGGUUACACACACAUACACACACACACUUUCCUUCCUGAUUAUGCUGAUUCCCUUUAAUAUAGUAAUAUAUUCCCAUAUAUAGUAAGUUUAUAUAGUCUGGAGCUGUAUUGAUAAUUUAUUCCACUAAGCUACUUGUCUAUCUCUGUCAAGACUAUACUGCCUUAGUAAGAAUAGUUUUAUAGUUUUUGUUUUUUAUUCUAGAAAAAUUGUUCCACUUUUUUCUCACUCAAAAUUGUUGUGUUUAUUUCUUUUUCUUGUGCUUUAUAUUUUUAUAAAAUUAUUCAUUGCAUGAAUAUUCUGGGAAUGGCAUCAAACAUUCUCCUAAAAUAUCAGUGUAACCAGUGUUGCUUAAAUGUCAUUAUAAAAUAUUCUUUUUCUAUCAAAACUAUCUCAGUUCGAGGCCAGCCUGGUC